UUAGCGAGUUCGCAGCGAUCGGAUCGUGGUGGCGGCCGCUCCUGCGAGAGCGGGAGUCCAGGCAGCAGCAGAGGCCCACGGAGCGCAGUUGCAUCCCGGGGUCCCACUUGCCGGCGGCGUGGCCCACGGGUCAUGGCCAAAGGGGAAGGUGCCGAGACCGGGUCCGCCACCGGACUGCUGCCCACCGGCAUCCUUCCAACCGGGGAACGGCCGGUCCAGGCGAAGAAAGAACCAAAGAAGAAAAAGCAGUUGUCCAUUUGCAACAAGCUUUGCUACGCAGUUGGAGGAGCCCCCUACCAGGUGACAGGCUGUGCCUUAGGGUUCUUCCUGCAGAUCUACCUACUGGAUGUGGCUCAGAAAGAUGAAGGGGUCAUUUUUUUUUUUUCUUCUUUCUUAUUCCAGGUGAGCCCUUUCUAUGCUUCCAUCAUCCUGUUUGUGGGCAGAGCUUGGGAUGCCUUCACAGACCCCCUGGUGGGCUUCUGCAUUAGCAAAUCCUCCUGGACUCCCCUGGGCCGCCUCAUGCCCUGGAUCAUCUUUUCCACGCCCCUGGCCAUCAUUGCCUACUUCCUCAUCUGGUUCGUGCCUGACUUCCCACAGGGCGAGUGGCUGUGGUACCUGCUUUUCUAUUGUCUCUUUCAGUCACUGGUCACGUGCUUCCAUGUUCCCUACUCAGCACUCACCAUGUUCAUCAGCACAGAGCAGAGCGAGCGGGAUUCUGCCACUGCAUAUCGGAUGACUGUGGAGGUUCUGGGCACAGUGCUGGGCACAGCAAUCCAGGGACAAAUCGUGGGACAAGCGGAUACGCCUUGUCUCGAGAGAGCCAAUGAUUCCACACCGGCCAACCGCACAAACGUUACCACCUCACCUAAAGAAACGCAAAAUGCCUACCUGCUGGCAGCAGGUGUCAUUGCCUCCAUCUAUGUCAUCUGUGCAGUCAUCCUCACCUUGGGUGUUCGGGAACAGAGAGAACCCUGUGAGGCUCAGCAGGCUGAGUCAAUGCCUUUCCUUCGGGGUCUCCGGCUGGUCAUGACCCACGGCCCAUAUGUCAAGCUGAUUGCUGGCUUCCUCUUCACCUCGUUGGCUUUCAUGCUUGUGGAAGGAAACUUUGCCUUGUUUUGCACCUACACUUUGGGCUUCCGCAACGAAUUCCAGAAUCUGCUCCUGGCCAUCAUGGUCUCGGCCACAGUCACCAUUCCUUUUUGGCAGUGGUUCUUAACCCGGUUUGGCAAGAAGACAGCUGUGUAUGUUGGGAUCUCGUCAGCUGUGCCUUUCCUCAUCUUGGUGGCCUCCGUCGAGAGUAACCUGAUUGUUACCUACAUGGUGGCUGUGGCUGCUGGCAUCAGUGUAGCUGCUGCCUUCUUACUACCUUGGUCCAUGCUGCCCGAUGUCAUUGAUGACUUCCACUUGAAGUAUCCCCAGUCCCACGGGACCGAACCCAUCUUCUUCUCCUUCUACGUCUUCUUCACCAAGUUCGCCUCUGGGGUCUCGCUGGGCAUCUCCACGCUCAGUCUUGACUUUGCUGGCUACCAGACCCGUGGCUGUUCGCAGCCGGAACACGUCAAGUUUACGUUGAAGAUGCUGGUAACCAUGACUCCCAUAGUCCUCAUCUUGCUAGGCCUGCUGCUCUUCAAGCUGUACCCCAUUGACGAGGAGAAGCGGCGGCAGAACAAGAAGGCCCUGCAGGCUCUGAGGGAAGAGGCCAGCAGCUCUGGCUGCUCCGACACAGACUCCACAGAACUGGCCAGCAUCCUUUAGGGCCGAUGAGGUGCCGAAGCUACUCCACAUGGCCUGGACUCCCGGCCACAUGAGGACUCGGGCCUGUGUGCUCAUGCACUGAAUAGUCAGUCUCCAGGUGCCAGGAGGAGAGUCAGAGAGGAAGGGCCCAGGACCCCCUUUGUCCAUUGGAGUGUGGGACGGGCCAUGCCUACAGCUGCCCACCUCCUGUCUGCUCGCCCACCCGCUGCUGAGGCUUAGCUCUGGGACUGCUACUGUGAAUAUGCCAAGGACUGGUUGGGCUUUGCCCAGACACUAAUGCAGAGACGUUUUAUACGGGGACUAAUUAAUAACUUAAUGACCAUGUAUAUAGGGAUGUGUGUGUUUUUCUAUGUUGGUGGAUUAUUAAUGUUAUUAAUUUUCAUAAAAGCUGGAAAAAAAACAA